AUGUCACUCCAAGUCAGAGGCCCCGACUUCUCGGUGACGAAGCAGAAGGCCCUAGAAGAUGCGAAAAAGAUGCAAGCUGCGGUGGACGAUGAGGUGGCCAAAGCAGGACAGGACAAGCCGCCAUAUCUUCUCAAUGAAUUGAUUGGCAAGGGAAGUUUUGGUCGUGUCUACAAAGCAACCGACAUCAACACCAGUAUGCUUGUGGCGGUCAAAAUCAUCGACAUUGAAGAAAGCGACACCGUCAACCCGAAGCUUGCAGACACCUUCAAGGAAUUUUUGGCUGAAGUCAAUGCGCUGAAGCUUCUAAGCGACAGCGGAGCAAGGAACAUCAAUCAUGUCAUCGACGCAUUGCCUGUCGGCCAAUCUAUGUGGAUGAUCACGGAAUACUGCGCCGGAGGAAGUGUGGCUACACUCAUGAAGCCGACCGCUCCCGGUGGCCUGCAAGAGAAGUGGAUUAUUCCAAUCCUCAGAGAGGUCUCUGAAGCUGUCUUCUGGGUUCAUCGGCAAGGCAUCAUUCAUCGCGACAUCAAGUGCGCCAAUGUUCUGGUCACCGAGGCUGGUGGAGUGCAACUUUGCGAUUUCGGAGUGGCAGGUGUUAUUGAGACGAAAUUCGAUAAACGAUCAACCUUCAUCGGAACCCCUCACUGGAUGGCCCCGGAACUUUUCGAUCAGUCAACAUCCUAUGGAACAGAGGUGGAUAUCUGGGCAUUCGGCUCCAUGGUUUUUGAGAUUGCCUCCGGCUUACCACCAAACGUCAUGGCUGGUGUCGACGUUUAUCAGCUUGGAAAUUACAUCAAGGCACACACGCCUCGAUUGGAGGGCGAUCAGUACUCCGACCGACUAAAGCACCUAGUUGCCUACUGCUUAGAAGAGGAUCCGACGAAGCGACCAACAAUCGAAGAGGUACAGAACCACCCUUACAUCGCCAACUCGGCCCAAGAAUACCCAGCAGCAUCACUGGCAUUACUAGUCAGAGGAUUCAAGCUUUGGGAGUCACAAGGUGGCAGCCGUAAAUCACUCUUUGCUCCGGGAGGAGCCCAGGGCAUGUCUGGCAUGGAUGAGUCCGACUUUUCAUCCACUGCGAUGGCCAACGACGAAUGGAACUUUAGCACAACGAUGGCAUUCGACCAACAAGUCUUCCAAAAUACGGACGCUCAGGCAGUCUACGAUGUGUAUGGCUCAAACGUGGAAUUCGACCCUAUGCUUCUGGAUGACAUGUCUCGAUCCAAGCCGAAAUCGCGGCGGAGACCGCCACCACAACAACUUGCUGCCAUGAAAGCUCCCUUGGAAAAGGUGUUUGACCCAAACACUAUUUCUAAUUACGAAGACAACUCUCGAGCCUACUAUGGCAGACCGAUCCCUCCGCCAACUUCAGAUCUUCCACUACGAGACGACUCGCUCCAGUCAACAGCAGUGAGAGAAUCACUCAUCGAUCUCGACGCUUCACUGCACGGUGGUGAUCUAUCCAACUUUGUGGAUAUGAACACCAUCAGAGCCGGCGCACCGCGCGUGUCUGUCGAUUAUCAUAUGGGCGACGAGCCAGACUUCAGCAAAGCACCAUCGAGUGACCCUGCAGAUCUGAAUCCGAAUAGAAGGACACAGGACUGGAAGUUCCCUUCCAUGGCACCUCCGGCUUCCGCAAACCCGGAAAUGUCGAGGUUUCCCUUUAACGAAGAUCGCCCCUUCCACGAAGAUAGGCCAUCGUGGGAUGACCAUUCGGGACCAAGUUCUGCGUCUCGCCCGCAAAUGUUCCACCAUCAGACCGAUCCUGUCCCCGCUCCUAACUAUGGCGGCGACUUAAUGGUUCCCCGGCCUGGCUCACAGAUGAACAACAGAGAGUCCACGGGGAGCUUGAUAGAUCUGGAUGAACUUAUGGUUCCGCCUCCCAGUAACCAGAAUAACCGUGUAUCUACCGGCAGCUUGAUCGACCUCGACAUGGGCUUGGCCGAUCCCAUGCCGGAGCUCACUCGUCCUUCAACAGCAAACUCGGACGUCGCAUCUGUCAGCGGUUCAGAGAUGGGAAUGGCGAACCCCUUCGACCUGGAGCGUCAUGCCUCCCUUUACGUGCCCACAUCAAACCGGGAACCUUCCAUCUACGUCCCAGUAUCGAAUAGAGAACCAUCUCUAUAUGUACCAUCAUCGAACCGAGAACCGUCAAUCUAUGUUUCGGAUGACUCGGACUUCUCCUCGCGCGCUCCCAAAGACGAUGAUCAACUAAGCCUCGUCGACCUCAACCUAGCCGAGCCCGGUGCUACCGUUCGGCCCAAUGGCCAGGGCGGGUUGCGACUGAACACACAUCGCUCAUUCAACAGCGUCAACAGUGCCGACUACUCUGAUCCCGAAUAUCUGACUCCACAGCAGGCCGCCCAGCCAGCCCUGCCCCCGGGUAUCCCACGCUCGGUAGGGAACCGGGACAGUGGCACUAUCCCGCUGCCUCCUCCACCAGCGCCGCCGUCUGUGGAGGUCAUGCAAGGCUCAGCUAGUGCAGACGCUGUGAAGGAAGAGUUGAGGAGAAUGGCGAUGAGUUUGGGUGAGCAUCUAAGUCACGCAAACCAGUACCUGUCAACGCUACCUGUCCGUAAGGGCGGAAGACAGGACCUACAGGACCUGAUGGGUGAAUCCACUUGA